UUUUUUUUCUUUUUUUUUUAUUUUAAAUAUACAUAAUGGAUAGUAAUAUAUCACAACCGAACAAUAGUUCAGAAUGCCAAUUUAAUCAUAAAGAAGAAAUUAUCAUUGAUUAUGAAAAUGUUUCAUAUCAGCAUCAAACAAAAGAAUUUUUCAAGCAUUUACCUGCAUAUAGUAAAAAUUAUGCUAUUAGUUUAUUUCCAAUUAUAACUUGGAUUCAUAGAUAUAAUUUAAUGUGGCUAAUUAGAGAUCUGAUUGCUGGUGUUACGGUAGGGAUUGUAAUUGUUCCUCAGAGUAUGGGUUAUGCCAAAAUUGCUGAAUUACCACCUCAAUAUGGUUUAUAUACUGCAUUUGUAGGUUUAUGCGUAUAUUGUUUAUUUGCUACAUCUAAAGAUAUUAGUAUUGGCCCUACUGCUGUCAUGUCCUUGCUUGUUGGACAAACAGUAACACGUGUUACUGCUAAUGAUUCUACAAUCACAGGACCUGAAAUUGCAGUAUCAAUGUCUUUAUUUACUGGUAUAGUUGCUAUGUUUAUUGGUCUUGUGCGUCUUGGUAUAUUAGUAGAUUUUAUUCCAGCACCAGCUAUUGCAGGUUUUAUGAGCGGUUCUGCUAUUACAAUUACAAUUGGUCAAUUACCCAAGCUUUUUGGUAUCAAAGGAAUAAAUACUCAAGAUUCUUCUUAUUUGAUCUUUGGAAAUUUUUUUAAGUAUUUACCCAACACAAAGGUUGAUGUUGUAUUUGGACUUAUUAGUUUAAUCUGGCUUUACUGUGUUCGAUAUAUCUGUCAAGUACUUGGUAAACGCUACCCCAAAUACUCUAUGCAUUUCUUUUUCUUUAGUAUCAUGAGAAACGGUAUUCUUGUGAUUGUUGGCACCUUAGUUGCAUUUUUGAUUAAUAUUGGUAAAAGUACAAGUCCUAUUAGUAUUUUAAAGACAGUUCCACCUGGAUUCAAAGCAAUGGGGGUUCCUGUUAUUCGUACAAAUGUUCUAUCAGGUAUUGUUAGUUCUCUUCCCUCUGGUGUGAUUAUCUUGAUAUUGGAGCAUGUUGCAAUUGCAAAAUCAUUUGGACGAAUUAAUGACUAUUCCAUUGUUGCUGAUCAAGAAAUUAUUGCUAUUGGUUUCACCAAUAUCUGGGCCAGCUUUUUUGGUGCUUAUCCUUCUACAGGAUCAUUUUCACGUACAGCUAUUAAAGCUAGAUCUGGUGUCAAGACCCCUAUUGCUGGUAUCAUAUCUGCUCUUGUUGUUUUAUUAGCCCUUUAUGCCCUAACACCUGCCUUUUAUUAUAUUCCGGAUGCUGUUUUAGCAGCCAUCGUUAUCCAUGCCGUUGCUGAUCUUGUAUCAGGACCAAAUUAUGUAAAACGGCUUGCUGCUAUUAGUCUUUGGGAGUUGUUAGUCUUUGUGGCCACCGUCAUUGUCACAUUCUUUACUACAGUAGAGUAUGGUAUAUAUGCUUCAGUAGGUAUGUCAAUUGUCAUCCUUCUCUUCCGUAUUGCUCGCCCUCGUUUUUGGGGGCUUGGACGUAUCCCUUUAAGCACAACAACUGUUAGUACUAUUGUCUAUGACAAUGAAAAGAAAUCAGAACCGCAGAGGCCAGAUAUAACUGAGCUACACACUUAUUUAUAUGUUCCUGAAAAUCAUCCAUCAUUAGAAAAGCUUGUUGAGUCCUUACCUAAAGGUAUCUUAAUGUGUCGUAUAGAUGAGUCGCUAACAUACCCUAAUUCUGGAUACAUAUCUGACAAGAUUAUCAACUACUGCAAGUCUCGCACUCGGUCAGGAGGCAAGACACUGGACAAAGGAGAGCGUCCUUGGAACGAUGAUUCUACUCCUGAUAUCAUUGCAGCCCGUGAAAGCUUACCGAUCUUACAUGCUUUGAUCCUUGAUUUUGCUAGUGUAAAUCGUCUAGAUUCAAGCGGUCUUCAAGCUAUUGUAGAUGCUCAAAAUGCUUUAAAUCGUUAUAGUGGUCAUCAUGUUGAAUUCCAUUUUGUUAAUAUCUUAAAUCCCACUAUUCGGCGCUGUCUUGUAGUUGCUCAAUUUGGUACACAACCUAGACCUGGAGAUAAUCGUAAAGAAAUUUUGCCUAUUGUUCCUACCUCGCGUGAUGGUCCUGAAAGAGAGCAAUUUCAUCGUAAAUCAGAUGAGGAGAGUCCUAAUACAUUAGAUGAAAUAGAGGAUAUUGAAAAAUCCUGUACAGAGUGCUCUAACACUCCUCCAAUUUCAUUUCAUCGUCUUUCAACAGAUGGUAUUCCUAUUCCCAAGGAUCGUUAUCCAUUCUUCCAUUGGAGUGCUGAUAAAGCUGUUCGCUCUGCAUUAUCCUCUUUAAGCAUUCGUCAUUCUUUGGAGGAGCCUAAUGAUACUGAGGUGCUAUCCGACAUAAAUAGUAAUAUUUCUAGUAAUCAUUAAUUGAUUUUUUUUUCCAGUUAGAAUAGAAAUAAUUUUAUACCCACUCUUUCUUUCCUCCUCCUUCCCAUCUCUAAUAUAUGUAUUUAUAAUUAAAAUGGGAGUUCUCUACUUAUAAUCUAAUAAAAUGAAUAUAUUUUUCAACAUUUCCAAAAAAAAAAAAA